AAAAAAAAAGUGGUUUGGUUUGGUAUACUAAAUUUUUUAUUGGGCCAGAAAAGACAAAACCCAAAGAUCCGAACCGGAGUUAAACUUAAAAAACUCGUAAGUCAUAAAAGCCAAAAGCUCCCAAAUUUACAAAACUAUUUACUCCACUAAAAAAAACCAAACCAUGGCGACGCCUUCGCCGACCUCCUCUCCUCCUUCUGAUUCAAACCCUAAUUCCGCCGCUACUCCGCCGCAUCAAACACAACAACCCUCUCCUCCACACACCAAUCCAUCUUCUACUCCACCACCGCAUAUCACCGUCGUUGCCUUAGCCGCAUCGACCUCGUCCCACGCCAGAAAAACCCAACCUAUACUCUGGACUCACGACGAGACUUUCCUCUUAAUCGAAUCAUACAAAGAGAAAUGGUACGCAAUUGGCCGUGGUCCUCUCAAAACAAACCACUGGGAAGAGAUCGCCGUCGCUGUCUCGGGUCGUUCCGGCGUUGACCGGUCGUCUACUCAGUGUAGGCAUAAGAUCGAGAAGAUGCGUAAAAGAUUCCGAUCUGAGAGACAGAGUAUGGGACCAAUCUCGAUUUGGCCUUUUUAUAAUCAAAUGGAGGAAUUGGAUUCGAACCCUGCUCCCAUCUCAGCUCGUCCUCUCACUCGUCUACCUCCGAAUUCGAGUAAUCACUACCAAGAAGAUGAAGAAGAAGAGGAUCAUUACGAAGAAGAAGAUGAAGAUGAUGAGAGACAGAGCAAAUCGAGGAGUAUCAAUUACAUACUGAGAAGACCUGGUUCUGUUAACAGAUUUGCUGGAGUUGGUGGAGGGUUGUUGUCAUGGGGACAAAGAGAUAGAUCUUCGAAGAGGAAGAGGAACAAGAACGACGGAGAUGGUGGUGAGAGGAGGAGGAAAGGAGUGAGAGCUGUGGCGGCGGAGAUUAGAGCGUUUGCUGAGAGAGUUAUGGUAAUGGAGAAGAAGAAGAUGGAGUUUGCUAAAGAGACAGUGAAGCUUCGUAAGGAAAUGGAGAUUAGAAGGAUUGAUUUGAUUCAGAGUUCUCAAGCUCAGCUUCUUCAGUUUCUCAACAAUGCCUUUGAUUCUUCUUUCUAACUAGAGAGAGAUUGAUUUUAAGAUAAUAAAACAGAAGAUGAGGUUUUGUAACAUAGUAGUGUUUUAACUAUUCUAGAAAUGAAUUAUGAAGAUGAGCUUUUGUAACA